AUGAAAUAUUUGUGCGGAAUUGAACUUGGAGGAACAAGUUCUUCUGCAGCAAUUAUAGAUGAAGAUGGUAAAUAUGUAUUAAAAGAAAAGGGUAUCACAGCCGAAAACCCAGCAACUUUGAUUUUAACUCUAUCAAAUAUUCUGAGAAAUUCCAGCUAUACAUGCGAAACAUUAGGAAUUGCUUCUUUUGGUCCAUUGAAUGUGGAAUCAGGUACAAUUGGCAAAUCUCCUAAAAAAGGUUGGUAUUAUUUUCAUGUAAAAGCUGAGUUCAGAAAAUACUUCCCAGACAUACCUAUUGCAAUGGAAACUGAUGUAAAUGCCCCAGCAUAUAGUGAAUUUAUUGAAUUUUCAAAAAAGAAUAAUUCGAUUAAAUCUUUAGCAUAUCUUACAAUUGGUACAGGAAUAGGCCUUGGCUUAUACUCUGAUGGUUCUAUCUAUCACGGACGCCUGCAUCCAGAAUUUGGCCAUACUUAUAUUAAGAAAUUACAAAAUGAUACAUUUUCUGGUGUUUGUCACAUCCAUGGUGACUGUGCUGAAGGUUUGAUUUCUGCUUCAGCAAUUUCAAAGAGACUUGGAAUUUCCAUGUAUGAAAUUCGAGAUAUUCAAAAUGAUCAUCCUAUUUGGGACCUAUAUGUUGAAUAUGUUUCUCAAAUUGUUGCUAAUGCAGCAUUAGCUUACUCUCUUGAUGUAUUCGUUAUCGGAGGAGGAGUUACAACAGAUCCAAAGCGAGGAUUCCUCUACGAUAGGAUUUAUUCAAGAGCAAGUGAACUUAUUAACGAUUAUAUCCCAAUGCCGCUUGUUGUUCGUCCUCAUUUCGAUAGAGAUGCCGGACUUAUUGGUGCAACUGUAAUUGCAAGGAGAAAAUUCAACAAGAUCAAUGCCAAUAACGAUAAGUUAUUCAGCCAGAUCUUGUAA